AUCGGAAGAAGUAAAUCACACAGAAGAUGUGACUUACUUGUCACUUUACUGACAACACAGUCAUUAUAAUAUUAUUGUUUCUUGACUGACAGUGUUCUUUGUAGUUGUGUAGACAGCGCCAGUGUCGUUCCGAAGACUGACGACGAGCAUGAGUACUCCUUCAAGCCGCCGUCGCACAAGUCGCCGUCACACAAGACGACUGAGCCAGGUGCGGUCUCUGUUGAGGCAUACAACGUCUUCCUCAACAGCCAAUGCUUCUGCAGAUGUGGUGGAUCUAGAUACAAAUCAUAAUGGCAUGUGCAUUGAUCUGACGACUGAUGAUGAUGAAGUGAUUGACCUGACCAGUGUUAAUGACAGCCCUGUUGUUGUGCUGUCAGCCAUUGAUGCUGACAUCAGUGGAAAUAGAAGGUCAAGGUCAUUUAGAAGUAGAGGGCGACGGAGGGGCCGUAGUAUAUCAAGGCGGGCAGCACCAAGAACACAACGGAUAUAUCAGGACUCUGAUUCAGAAGAUGAAGAACUUCCUGCAUUUGAUGCCACAGGCACUCCUUAUAGGCCAAGUGGAGAAGGAUCUGGAGUUGUGACAUCUCCUCAGCAGAUCACCAUCACCUGUCCCAUCUGUAUGGAUGAUGACAAACAGAUUCGCCGAAGUGACCGCCAGAUUAUGUCUACAACAUGUGGUCAUCUGUUCUGUGAUGAAUGUAUUGGACAAGCCAUCCGGGCUCAACACUGCUGCCCCACGUGCCGGAAGCGAUUAACACACAGGCAGACACACCCUCUCUUCUUGUGAUAAUACCGUCCGGCGUCCAUCCUUUCAACAGUGAUAUCUCCUAGUGCAUGCAUGCACAGUCAACUUGGAUUGCAACAAACUCAACUUUCUUUCUUUGCAAGAUCAGAUUUGUCAUUCAAUGUCUGAAACCAUUUUGAUGGGAAAAGCAAUUUUUAACCAAGCACCAUACAGAGGUCAGACAUGGUGCUAAACAAAAAGGCACCCUAGUACAGUUAUCUGUUGGUUGGUAUUUUGUGAAUCACAAUUGCUAAUAGGACAUGGGUCAGCUUAUAUGAAACUCUACACUAUGAUGCUCUGCAAUAUACAUUAUUCAUGAGUUUUAUUCUGUAAGGAUAUGUUUCAUUUGACAAGUCUUUGUAAUGACUUCCCAUUCGAUCCAAACUGAUCAACAGUUUGUUUUGGUUUUGAACAAAUUCAUUGAAAACAAUUUUAAAAAUCAGUUUAUCAAAUUUAUAGUGUUUUCAUGCAGUCUUAUUUCAAGUUAAGAUAUAAUAUGUAUAAUGAUAUGCAUCGUAUCAGAAAUGAAGUGCUGUAUAUUACAGCGGAAGCUACCAAAACCGGCAGCUGUCCAAUCCAGCAAGUUGUCAACACCGGCAUAAAAUCUCAGUCCGUGGCAAGUACAAUUAUCAUUAUUUAAUAGCUCUGCAAUCCAGCAGCUGUCAGUUCCUUAUCUCGGUAUGAAAUGAGCUGCCCGAAUAUGUGUUUUUAUAGUAAUCAGCUCUAUCCAGGGGG